GGCCAGGUCAAAAGUACCCUGAACCGGCGGGUAUGCAUGAUACGAUUGAUAAAGGUGGAAGCGAGAGAAGUAUGCCAGAAUCGUGCAAACUCUAGUCUCUGCCUACCGCUAUGGGAUAGAGGCUUGAUACUAUGUAUGUAUAUAAAAAAAUACAGAAAUAGAAAUGUACGAACGUCACAGAUAACCUUUACAUUGUUCAGUGUCCAUUGCUGCACGUAUUCUGUACGCUUGAAGAUCACACGUUAAUAAUGAUCGAUCGAUAGAUAGUGUGAUUUGGCAAAUUAACAGAUAGUAAAAAUUACUUCGAGACUGCUACUGGACCAGCCUGGACAUGUAUUGGUUGAUGUUCCUAUUGUUUUUGGGUGUUGUUUCAGCUAAACAUGAGGUUUAUGAUGGCCAUACCGUCUACGAAGUAAAGGUCAAACAUCAUGACCAGGUCAAAUUUUUCAAUCAUCUACAGUAUCAAAUGGAGGCUGAUGUUUGGUCGUAUGCAGUGCCAGGAAGACCGGGAAUGGUUAUGGUUUCCAGAGACAAGAGAAUGGAGUUGGAAGAAGUGCUGACAGCUCAAGAUAUUGAAUUUGAAGUAAAGACAGAAAAUAUAAGGGAAUUACUAGAGCUGGAAGACAAAUUACUAGAAGAAGUUUCCCGAAAGAGUUACAAUGCAUCAGGAUCGAUUGGUUUACCCUUUGACAGGAUUUACACUUACCACCAGGUUGAUGCAUUCCUUGAGAUGCUGGCUAAAGAGUAUCCCGAGACAGUGAAACUGGUUAACGCCGGGAAAAGCUUCGAAGGCAGGGACAUCAAAUACUUGAAGAUCUCCACCACAAAUUUUCAAGAUGACAGCAAACCCAUAGUGUUCAUAGAAUCCCUCCUCCACGCGCGGGAGUGGAUCACCCUCCCGGUCACUCUGUACGCCAUACACAAGCUGGUGAUUGACGUGACGGAGCGAGACUUGCUGCAGGACAUCGACUGGAUCAUCCUGCCCAUCGCUAACCCUGAUGGAUACGUGCACAGCCAUAAAGAGGGUCGUUUCUGGCGUAAGAACCGCGCCACUGGCUACAUGAUUGGCAACAUCUGCUUGGGUGUGGACCUGAACCGCAACUUCGAUUUAAACUGGGGCCAGGUCUCCAGCAAUAUUGUCUGCAUGGAAACCUUCCACGGCCGCGGCCCCUUCUCCGAACCUGAGACAGCCAUCAUCAGAGACAUUUUACUAGAACAUUCCGAUCGACUGGAACUUUUCCUAGACAUCCACAGCUUCGGAAGCAUGAUCCUCUAUGGCUGGGGUACAGGAGUUCUUCCGCCAAAUGGCCUGAUUCUCCAUCUCGUCGCCGUCCAAAUGGCCCACGCUAUAGAUGCUGUGAAGAUGUCUUGGAAUGCUGAUUACGUUGCAGGAAAUGCUGCACUGGUUCUAUAUCAGGCUUCUGGAACCGCCCAGGAUUACGGGAAAGUAGCAGAUGUAGAAUUGUCAUACACAUACGAACUUCCAGGAUUUAGAUUUGGUCUCGGAUUGUUUGGAUUCCUUGUAGACCCUGACUUUAUUGAACAAGCUGGGUUCGAAACAUGGGAAGGUAUCAAGGUCGGAGCGAGGUAUGUUCGUGACAACUAUAAGGCAAAGCGUGGACUGUGAAUUGUGUGAAAUAAAACGAUUAAAGCAUU